UUUAUGUUAGUAUUUCCUAGAAACGUUGGCAUUAUUAGAAAUAUGCGAUUACUGUUGUUAAUGAAAUAGUUUUUUAUUAAAUUUAUUUUAAAUAUGUUUUUGAUCGAGAUUACUAAAAUUGGUGUCUUGCAAAAUGCGUAAAUUGUACUGUAUCACCAGGUGCACUACAUAGUUUUAGCAUUAUGGAUGGUAAUAUGAAAAGUUCUUCCUCGUCAAUUUCUGAUCAUUCAAAUAAUAAAAAAUCAGCUGAAGAUACGAUUUCAACAAGUUCAACAGAUCCAGCACCAUUCAGAUACGUUUUUAAACAUGAGGAAGAUGAGUUGGAUGUACAUAGAAAUUUAGAAAACACUCUUGAAGAGGAUAUUACAACGCCAAGUGAAGUUUCUCAAGAACUAAACUUUGAUGACUCGUUUCCGAUCACUAAUAAUUCAGCAAGCAAAGUGACAGUAUCACCAUUAUAUGAAAACCAAUCUUUUGUAUUAUCAUCUCCUUCUAAAAAUGAUUCUAAAUAUAAUUAUGAAAUGAAUAAAAUGACUGAUGAUAAUCCAAGUAAAACACAAAUGUUAACUGCUAAAACUAAAGGUAAACCUUUAAACUUAGCGUCUGAAGAUCAGCAAAAUGAAGAUUCCUAUCACCAGUCUUCUCCUGAUAUUGAAAAAAUGGUUACUGAACUAAAGCUGCAAAUAACAAAAAAAGAUAGUGAGAUUGAAAGGUUAUAUGUUAUAGAAAAAAACUUUAAACAAAAUAAACAAAUACUAAAAGAUACAACUUGGGCACUGCGUGUAAAAGAAGAGGAGCUGCUAAGCAUCAAAACAGAAAUGCGUGAAAACUAUGAAAAAAGAUUACGAGAGCUAAUGCAGAGAUUAAACGACCAAGAAUAUCAGAUGGGUGAGUUACAAAGUCAAAAUAAUGAGUUGAUUGAAAAAGAAAAUGAUAGUAUUUUAAGGGUUGAUGAGCUCAAUCAGCAAAUUUAUUUAUUAACACAAGAGCUUGAGAUGAAAAACAAACUUGCCCAUGUUAUUGAAAAAGAAAAGGAAUUAACUGCAGGAGAAAAUAAAUCACAAAUAAAAAUUUUAUCACAGCAAGUUCAAGAAUUGUCUUUUCUGUUGGAAAAGAGUGAAAAAAACUAUGGGAAAGAAUCAUUGCGUUUACAAGAACUAGAAUUGCAGAUAGAAAACUUUCAAACCAACACCGCACAUCUUGAAACUCUUGUUGAACAAAAAGAUUCACAGUUAAAGUUGCUUGAAGAAAGUAAGCAAGUCAUUGUUCAAAACCUACAGGAUGAACUUUUUAAAAGUAAAUCUCAAAUUAAAGAAUUGGUCUUACUUCUUGAAGGUGCUAGUACAAAUAGUGACAUAAUUCCUACUAGGCAGAUUGAUGAAACUGAUUUUAAUGUAAAACACAAAAAGCUUUCAAAUUUUGAAACAGAUGGUGAUUCUUUUGGCAGUGUAGAUGAUAUUCAAAGUGAGGACCUAUUAAGCCAUAUAGAUAACGAUUCAGUUAAACAGAUGAAUCACACUAUAGGCAAAUAUGAGCAGCAAAUAAUCGAUUUGCAGAAUCUUUAUGACCAUGAUAUCUCUCAGCUUUUUGCAGAAAAAGAAGAAGUUCUCAAAGAGCUCCAGGAGUUAAAGGUUGUUUUGAAUAAAGAAAAGCAAUCAAAAGAAACAUCUUCCUUUGAACAUGGUCAGUUACAAGAUGGUUACGAAGCAGAAAUUGAAAUCAUGAAAAAAAAUUUUGAAUCAACACUGGACCAACAAAAAACAAGUUUAUCUAAAACAAUAAGUCAGCUUCAAAAUGAAAAUGAGAAGUUACAGUUGUUGUUACAUCAGGUUCAAAAAAAGUAUGAUGAUGCUGUGGCUGGAUUAGAAAUUGCUCAGGAGCAAACAAACUUAACUGCCGAUAAAUAUUCAAUUGAUCAUGAUUCAGUAGCAGAAAUUGAACAACUUUUACAACAACAAAUAAAUGAGAUUAAAUCUCAAUACGACAAGCAACUUACAAGUUUAGAAACAGACUUUCAUCGCGAAAAGCAAAUUAAAAAUAAUGAACUUGAAAACAAUUUCUCAUCACAGUUUUUUUUACUGCAAGAGGAAAAUAUUGGUUUAACUAAAAAAAUUUCUUCUUUGGAGUCAGAGUUAGAUGUCGUUCAACAGGAGUAUGAUGACUUAAAAAUCAGGUAUGACUUGAUCAAUGCAGAGAACGAAAAAUCUAAAAAAAAGAUUGAAAUGCUGCAAGAUACAAUGAAAAGUAAUGAUGUUGAGAAUACAGUUAAUUACAACAAUUUUUCCGAAAUGUUCAACAAAAACAAUGAAAAUUUAAAUAGUUUGUUGUUUAAUAACGGUAUUAAUGAUAGAGAGACAGCUAGUGAUAAUGAUGUGUUAGCAAAAAGCAGUGCAUUACACCUUGAAUUGAUUAGACUUCGUGAAAAUUUUAAUGAUGCUAAAGUAGAAGUAGAGAAUUUGCGCAGUGAGCGUAAUAAGUUUGCUUCUCUUAGUGAUGCUUUAAGUCAGAAUCUUCAAGAGCUACAAAUAGAACUUGAACUUAACAAUAAUAAAUCCCUUUUGCCAGAUUUAAAUAGUACAAUAAAAGAAGUGGAUAUGUUGCGACAUGAGAAUAGUUUAUUAGUUCAUAAGCUAAAUCUUAGUACUCCUUUGGGAUCACUGCCUGGUUAUAGUAGUGAACAUAUGAUUGAAGAAGUUACACUUCAACCUCUUUUAAUUGAAUCUAAACCAAUCGAUUCUGGAUAUUUUAAUAACAUCAAAGAAAUUGAUAACGAACAAGAAGAAGAAAUUACAAUCUUUGACCAGAUAGAGAAUUUAAAUUUUAUCAUUUCAGAAAAAACUGAACAUGAAAAAGAGCUUUUACAAGAGAUAGAAAAGCUGAAUUGUCAAAUUGAAUCCUAUCAAAGCAGUAGCGAAGAAAAUAAAAUUAUUGAACUUCAGAGUCAGUUAGAAAGAUCAGAACAGCUGAGUAAUCAUCUUCAAGAAAUGUUUAGCAUUCAACUAAUGAAACUUCAAGAGGAAAACAAACAACUCACUAAUGACAUUUUGGUAUUUAAACAAAAGUUAGAAAAACAAAAGAAGUUAUCUGAAGAAAAAAAACAACUUGAAUUGCUGCUUGAGUCUGAGAAAGUUUUAGCAUCUGAAUCCAGUGAAAGAUUGCAAUCACUUCAACAAAAGCUGCAAGAAGAGCAAGCAGCAUUUAUGAAUUUAAAUAAUGAUCUAAGCAAUGCAAACAAAGAAAUCGAAAUUGAGUGUCAAAAUAAUAAAAAAGCUCUUAGUGAAAACAUGCAAUAUCAGUUGGAGUUAGCAGAGACAAAAGAAGAGCUUAUUAAAAGUAAUAAUGAGCUCAUUAAACUUAAAGCAACAAUUAACCAGAAGAAUGAUAAAAUUGACCAACUUACUGAGGAAAUAAAAACUAUUAACCUUGCAUUUAAGGAAAGGGAGGAUGCAAUGAAGUUAGAGUUUGAAGAUACUCUUCGUUCUUCAAAAGAGGCUAUGUCUGUUACUAACUCAGAAUGCUUAAGUAGGCUAAGAUCAGAGCUGGAUAUUGAUCAUCAGCAAAGAUUGAAAGCUUCAGAAGAUAUGCUCCAUGAUGAAUACACUAAAAGAAUUAAGGCUUUGUCUGAAAUUAAAGAAGCUGAGCUUGUAAACCUAAAAUCAGAAUACGAAGCCCAACUUUCAGCUUUUACAACUAGUUUUACUGCUGAAAAAGAAAAGCAAAUACGAACCCUAAAAACUGUCUUAGAAAGAAAUCAUUUAAAAGAAAUUCAGGAACUACUUGUACAGCAUGAUAACAAAAUAGAAGCAUUGCAAAAGCAAUAUUCUGAAGAAACUGAAAAGCUUGUGGCCAAAUUACAUAGCAAUUAUACAGAUAAAAUAACAGAGCUAGAAACAGCAUUAGGGGCGGCCAGAGUUGAACAGUUUGAAGCUCUAAAACUUGAAAAUAAUAAGUUAAUUGAAAAAGAGCUUGAGAUGCUAAGUAAUUCUCUGAAUGAGAAGCAUAGCAAUGAAAUUAUUUCUUUAGAACAUCAACAUAAAAAAGAAAUGGAUGAUAUAGCCACAAAACAUAAAAAAGAAAUAGAUGAUAUAGCCACAACACAUAAAAAAGAAAUGGAUAAUAUAGCCGCAAGAUAUGAAAAAGAAUAUGAAAUUAGAUUGUCUCAGAAAACAGAAGAGUUAGUCUUGAAUUACCAAAAUCAGUUAAAUUUCGAAAAAAAAAACUUAAAUUUGUUUUUUGAAACAAAGCUUUCUUCAGAACUAGAAAAAGCAGCUCUUGAACUCAAUAAUAAGCAUUUGCAAAGCUUAAAGGAAUAUGAUAGUGAUUUACAAAUAAAACACCAAGCCAAUAUCAACAAAAUUUUGUUAGAUAUCCAAGUUGAACAUGAUAAUUAUGUAAAGGCAAGGGUAGAUGAAAUUACAUCACAAAACAAUAUGAAUAUACAAACUCUUGAAGAAAAUUUAGCUUCAUCACUGGCAAAAUACAAGUUUGAGAUGGAUGAAAAAAUGAAUGAUUUAAAAACAGAUCAUAGCAAAACACUUAUGGACCUUACUAAUUUGUUUGAAGAAAAAAAAUUAGAACUUUUUGAAACAAAAAAGAUUUUAGAAGCAAAAGUAGAGGAAAUUGAUGUACUUCAUCAAAACAAUGAUUUGGUUGUGGAUAAAUUUAAAAAAUCUGAAGAAAAUUAUGAGGCAAAAAUUAAAGACCUUGAGAAUUUAUUUGACAUUAAGUUGAAAAGUACAGUUGCAGAAACAGUUACUUUUUAUGAAGGGCUAAUGGAAAAAAAAGUCGAAGAGACUGAAAAUAAUGACAAUUGGUUAUUUGCAAAAAGGAUAGAAGAAAAAGAUCUUGAAAUCAAAAAGCUUCAUAAUGAAAUAGAAGAACUUAUUGUUAAAAAUGAAAACUUUCUUACAUUACAUAAUUUUAGCGAAGAAAAAAUAAAGACACUUCAGCUUCUAUAUGAUGAAUUAAGAUUAGGUAAAGACAUGGAAAUUUUGAGUUUGACAGAACAAGUUGAAGAAAGAAAAAAAGUUGAAGAUGAACUGCGUUUGAAAAUUGAUAAAAUGAAACAAAAGAAUGAGUUUAAACUUAAUGAAAUAAAAAAUCUUCAUGAACAAAAUUUAGAACAUGCUUUAAAAGAUCAAGAAAUAACAUUAAAUAAAGCUCAUGAAAAUCAAAUUAAUAAUCUUGUAACCAAUCACAAUCAAGAAAUAGAGCAAUUGAUGUCGGCACAAAAAGAAGAAAUUUUAACUCUUGGGAAGAAAAAAGAAUUAAACAUAAUUGGCAGCUUAGCAGAAAUGCACACAAAACUAGUUUUGAAACAUGCUGUAGAAAUUGAAAAGUUUAAUUUUGAUGCAAAAAAUUUGCUUGACAAAACAACUUGUAAGUAUCAAAAUCAAAUCAACGAAAUGCUAUCUACAGUUGAACUUUUGAAAGCUGAAAACAAUAAACUUAUUUCACAGCAGUUAACAGUUAAGUUAGACCAAAAUACCAUGACAGAAGAAGACUUAAUUGUUGUAAAGCUUAAAUUAGAAAUAACUAAUUUACAAUUACAGUUGCUAGAAGCAACAAGUCAGUUUCAAAAAGAUAAACUUGAGGAUGCCAAAAAAAUAAAAAAUGUAUUUAAAAAGACUCAAAAAGACUUUGAAAUUGCUCGAGUCAGUUAUAAACAGGAAAUAGACAAACUGAAAUUAGAAUAUGACUGGCAAAUAAAAAAGGUUGGAAAAGAAAUUAUAUGUCUAUUAAAAGACCAGUUAAAGGUAAUAUCUAAUGAGAAAGAAAAAGAAUUUGAAAUGGCUCGUGAUGAUUUAAUUGAACAGCAACAAAACUUGCUUAACGAGUUUGUUAAACAUCAAGAAUAUGAAAUAGCACAUCUUCAACAUGACCAUGACCAUGAAGUUCAAGAAUUAAAGUCUAAGCUACAAGCUGCAGAAGAGGCUAUGAGCAAAGUUGCUGCAGUUAUUACCACAGAUAUUUCAACAUGCACUGAUGAAGAUCGUCCACAUGAUGAAGAAUUUUCUAUGAAAAUUGCAGAAGUUGAAAGAACACUUACUGCAAAGUUUCAAAUGGAUAAUGCAGUUAUAGAAGAAAAAUAUAAAAAUCAAUUGUUUGAAGUAGAACUGAAGCAAAUUUCUGACCUAAGAGAAGUUGAAGAGUCGCUGCUAAACAAGCAUCUUAAGAAUCUCACAGAACUUAAAGAAGAAAUGGAGCAUAAACACUCUCAAAAGAUACAAGAGCUUGAAAGAAUAGUAGAAGAGAAAGUUGAAGAACAACAUCAGUUAUUGUUGGAAAGUCAGAAACAUCAUGCUCUUGAUAUUGAUAGUAUAAACCAAAAGCAUGCAUUAAUGUUUCAAGAUUUAACAGAAAAACACAAUCGCUUAUUGCAAUCAAUACAAGAAGAGUUUCAACAAAAGAAUACUGAACAAAUAACUGCAGUAGUAGCUAGCAUGGAACUUGAAAAAGAUAGAAUCAAAGAUGAGUUGUUAGCAGUACAUGAGCAGGAAUUGGAUGAUUUGAAAAAAGAUAUUGAACAACUUACUUUGAAAUUGAUUGCUCAAGAAAAACAAGCACAAGACUUAAAAAAAGAAAAUGAAGAGUACCAUGAAACUAUCCAUAAAAAGCAUCAAGUUGAUUUGAUGCAGUUGAGAGAGUCAUUGGAAGAUGAGCAUCAAAAAGAGCGAAUAAAUCUUGAAAACUCAUUUGACGAAAAGAUCAGAACUGAAAAUGAUGAAAUAAUGAUUAUUCAAGAGAGGUUUAAUAUUGAAAAAAAGCAACUUUUGGAUGAGUUAAUUAAAAAAGAUAAUCUGAUUAAACAGUUACACGAAGAUCAAACUGAAAAGUAUGAGCUAGAACACAGGAAAAUAGAAGAAAAAAUAAAAUUAUUGGAAAAAGAUAUUGUUCAUUUGGAGCGUGAAAAACUUCAGUUACGACAAACUAUUGAAGUAAAAGGAAAAGAAAUUGAUCAGUUAAAUGCAAACGUCAAAGAACUUAUUUCCAAAAAUGAGCUUAUGUUUGAACGACAUGAUCGCCAAGAGCAAGAAAGUUCAAACCUGGUUGCUAUACUACAAAAUGAUGUUAAUAAACUUACAAAAGAGCGGUACAACUUAGCUGGGCUACAUCAGCAGUUGAGAAAAUCACUUAGCAAUUUACUUGCUGGCAUAUUGCACUCAGAAGACAAUAUCCACAAAAAGUUGGAUGAAAUGAUUGUGUCAAAUUUAAGCAGUUUAAUUCUUCCUGAGGAUUUAUUAAAUAUAAGAAAUGGACAUGAUUUGGCUAAUACAAGAAAUGGAGAGAAAAGCACCAAUACCACAUUAGCUUUACAAAAUGAUAUUACCAAUGUUGAAGAAGUUUCCAUUGAUCCUGAUCAUGCUGUACAUAGUUUAGUUCCUGAUGAAGAGGAAAGUAUUAUUGACCACGCUGAUUUUAAAGUCAAUAUUCAAGAUCCAGAAGAACUUAAAGAGAUUGGUGAACGCUUAUUUAUGGUUGUUGAUCAUUUGCUAGAUAUGUUUUCUUCUACUGUUAAUGAGCUUAGUGAUAUUCGAAUUGUUUGCAGUGAAACACAAAACAAUGUUAAUGUUCUCUCACAUGAUCUUGAAAUAAAAAAGGACCAGCUUUUAAACCUUGAAAAUGAAAAUAAACAUAUUACUCAACAAAUAUAUGAUUAUGACUCUCAAGUUAAAGAUUUGAAACUUAAUCUUUCUAAAUUGAAUGAGCAAAACAACCAGGCUCAAAUUGAACUUGCGGCAACAAUUGAGAAAAACAACUUGAUCCAAACUGAUCAUAAGAAUUUAAUGGAAUACAAUAGUUUGCUAGAAAAUCAAUUAAAGCAAGUGCAAACAGAACUAAAUGAUAGCGACAAUAGAGUAGAAGAAAGUUCAAAAGUGAUUUUAUCAGUUCAGCAAAAUAAUCAGAAAUUAGAAAAAGAAAGUCAAGAAUGCAAAGAGAAGUUAAAAGAAAAAGAGUUGGAACUUAUUUUGGUUUGUGAAAAACUAACAAGUUUACAAUUAGAAAAUAAACUGGCUGAAACCAAAUUAUCUGAUUUACAAGCUGAAAAUAAACAACUUAUGGAUGAAAAAAAUGCGAAGGAAAUCAAGUUUGCAAAUUUAAAAAUGGAGCUUGAGAAUGAAAGAUACAGUCGCAAACAGGAAGAGUUUGCUUUCUCUAAGAAAGCAACAAAAGCAGCAUUUGUAAUUGAUGAAGAAAAAGAGAAUCUAAAACAGGAAAUUGAAUCACUUAAAGAGAUUAUCAAGGAAAUAAUGGAGGAAAAACAAGAGUUACGCUCUCAAAUGUUAGACAGUGGAUAUUCUCAUAAGGAAGAUUCUCUACGUUCUGAUAUGACAAAAGUAAUGAAUGAAAAUGAUGAGUUGAUACUUAAUAAUCAAAAACUACUACAGCAAGUGUGUCAAUUAGAAGGUGCCCUUCAAGAAACACUUUAUGAAAAGCAAAAAAUUGAGUCUACUCUUAAUGAAAUGUACCAGGUUCAAUUAAGUACUAAAGUUAUCAAACAGAAUCAAGGAAAAAGCAUAGACUUUAAUGUAGAAGCUAAUGCCAUCAAAACCCCUAUUAAAGAUAUUCCUAGUUCCAUAGUUGGUAGCUUUCAAAAGGGUAUCCAAUCAACUGCUGUUUCAGAACAAAAAAUGCCAAGUUUUACUCAUGGGAGUCCUAUUCCAAUGCAUCAAUUAAACCAUAAUUUGAACUCAGUUAGAUUUGCUGAUGAAAUACAAACAAUAAGACCUGAUAGUUCUGUUUUAACCAAUGAAGACUUUCACUCUUUAACUAAUGAAGAUGUCCAGUCUUUAAAUCAAAUGUGUGAGUUAGUUAAUAACAUCAAUAACAAUUUAUGUUCAAAUGAAGGUAUGCCAUUGAUGGAAUUGACAAUAGAACCACCUAAAAAUGAAGUUGUUAUGAGGUUAAAAGAAAUGAUUUCUGAACUGUUUAAAAAGAUAUCAGACCUUUCAGUCAACCAUGCGCGCAUGGCUCAACUUUCAUUGCAACAAAAGGAGGAUAUUGAGAAAUUUUCAGAUCUUGUUUCACAGUUAAGUAAAGAAAAAAAGGACUUAGAAGAAAUUGCAUUAGUUUUGCAAGAUGAAAACAAAAGAACUGUUGAAAAUUUAAUGGAAAGACUAGCAAGUAGCGAAAAUGACAUGGAGUUGUUCAAAAAAGAUGCUGAAAAUCUGGCAAAAAAAAAUGACUCUAUGAAAGAUGAAUUAUGUACAAUGGAAGAACAAGCUACCCAAAAUGCAACACUCAUUAAAGACUUAGAAGCAAUAAUAAGAGAGCGUGAUCAGGAAAUUAAAGCAGCUUCAUUAAAACAUAAUGAUUUCCAUCAGCAGCGGGAACUUUACAAUCAACAAAGAGUUUAUGUAGCAGAGCUAGAAGCAUGUUUAAAAGAAACACAGUUUGUUUUAAGUUCAAAAAAUGAAGAGCUAAAGUUAAUGAAAUCCUGGUCUAAUGAAAAAAGAAUAGAGGAAGAAAUGAAGUCUUGCAGCGACAAAAAGUCAGAUGAAGAACAAAAACCUUCUGAUGUCAAAGAAAAUGUUUUUGAGAUGCAAAAUCUAUUUUCAAAUUCUCAGUUGGUUAAUGAAACAAAAAAUGACAGUUUUUGGCAUGAAUGUACAGAUAAUCAGAUGGUGAACAAAACAGUUCAUCAAAGGUUAAUGAAUCUUUUAAAGCACCAACAACAACUUCAAGAUGAAACAAUUAAAAAUCUUACUGAUAAAGAUGUUAAGUUGUUGGUAAAUGACAUUCAAAAUGAAGCUGAGGAGGUUCUUAAUUUGGUAAUGAGUAUUCCUGAGUUAAAUGAGGCACUAUCUUCACAAAAUAUGCAACAUCUUCAAAAUGCCUGGUUGAUCGAGAAAAAUUGUUUACUCGCUGUUAUUAACAGUUUAAAAGAUUUAGUUGUUAAAGUCAGUUCAAAAAAUGCAGCAUCUGGAAAGUAUGAUGGUGAUCGCAGGCUAGAGUUAGUUAAUGCAUUAGCUGAUUUGUUUGAAAAAGAACAAGAAGCUAUUUCUGUCGAAUGCAAAAUAAAUGGCAAAGAUAAAGAAAAACAAUUUGACAAUGAGAUUUCUCCGCUAUUGACAACACUUCUUUCUAAAGAUCGCGAGAUGCUUGUUGAUGAAGUAAAGAGACUACGCUCUGUUACAAGUGCAGAUAACAGUUUUGUUCUUCUUAAUAAACAAAUUGAUGAAUUAAAAUGUGAAAUCACCCGGUUAAAUACUCAGCUAGAUUACUUAAAUAGCAACCUUGAAGCAGAAAAACUUGCAAAAAAACAACUUAGCUUGGAAAAUUCAGACAAGUUUGAUACACUUAAAGUGCUAACAACACAACUUCUUCAAUAUCAACAGAGUAACAAUGAAGCCAGAUUGCUUUUGGAGGAAGAGGUUGCUAAGUCAAACCACUUAAGAAAGCUUUUAGAAGAUGCUGAAAGUAAUGUUGUAUCUCUGCAUGAUCUUGUGAAGAGUGAACGCGAAAGUCUCAACAAUCUUUUAGAACAAGAUAGUUGCUCUGUAAAUGAGCUGGAAAAAAUGCUUGACAAUGAAAUGGAAAAAAGAGCCUUAUGCGAAGAAAAGUUAGCAAAUCUUAAAGUCUUACUUGAAAAUGAAAAGUUAAAAGUUCAAGCUUUUGAAACAGAACUCAACAAUCAACGCGAGAACAGGUUCAACUCUGAAAAGCUUGUCCAGACUCAAAAGCUAAAAAUUGCAGAAUUAGAAAAGCAAAGUUGUGAGUUAGAAACAAAGUUGUUACAAAAUUCUGAUCAUAGAAAAUCUUUUCAAAAAUCCAAUGAUUUAUCAGAGUCUCUUCAAAACGAUAGUGGUAAUUUUAAUAAUCCAAAGUUGAUAAAGGAUGAUUACACUGACAAUUUGCUAAAAGAUAAAAUUUUAUCUCUUGAAAAAAUAAACAUCAACUUACAGGAACAAUUGGAAAGAGGUUCAACUACACUAAAUACAUAUGAAAAAAAAAUUGACCUCCUCAAAAAAAAGUUAUCUGAAAAUGAAAGUAUACUAUCUGUAAAAGAAGCUCAGCUGGAAAAGUCAUAUAUCGAGUCAUCUCAAAACAACAUUAAGUUUGAUAAAAUAAUUAAACUAAAUGAAUUUGAAGUCAGAAAACUCAAUGAUGAAAUCACUCAGCUACGUAAGUCUGAAGAAUAUUUUAGAUUAGCUUUAUCUGCUCUUGAAAAGGAUAAAUGUCUUGUACUUGAAAAAGCAAAUGUUGAUUUAAGUAGUCAACUAGAAAGUAAUGUAUUUACAUUAAAUACACAUGAAAAGCAUAUUGAGUUAUUAAAGAAUAAAUUAACUGAAAGUGAAAGUGUGUUGUCUGAAAAAGAGGCUGAACUGGAAAAGUCUUACCUUGAGCUACAAAAGUACAAAAAUAAAUUAACUAAAAGUGAAAGUGUGUUGUCUGAAAAAGAGGCUGAACUGGAAAAGUCUUACCUUGAGCUACAAAAGUACAAAAAUAAAUUAACUGAAAGUGAAAGUGUGUUGUCUGAAAAAGAGGCUGAACUGGAAAAGUCUUACCUUGAGCUACAAAAGUACAAAAAUAAAUUAACUAAAAGUGAAAGUGUGUUGUCUGAAAAAGAGGCUGAACUGGAAAAGUCUUACCUUGAGCUACAAAAGUACAAAAAUAAAUUAACUGAAAGUGAAAGCAUUUUGUCAGUAAAAAAUGCUGAAAUAAAAAAAUCGUAUGUUGAAUUACAUCAGCAAAGAAAUGAAUUUGAUAAAAUAAAAAUUUCAAAUGAAUCAGAGGUAAGAAAACUUGAAGAUAUAAUCCGCCAACUUCGUAAAUCAGAAGAUAAAUAUAAUCUAGUUUCAGGGGCUCUUGAAAAAGAAUGGAGUACAAAGAAUAAUGCUUUGUCUUUGCGUGAAAAUUUAUUAAAUGAGAAAGAAGCUGAGUUAGAAAAAUUAAUUUUAGAAUUAGAAAAAGAGAAUAACCUACUUUUGGAAAAACGAAAACAUCAAGAGAAUACAGAGCAAGAAAGUAUUAAGAAAAAAAGUGAAAUUGAUAGGUUGGCUGAAGAACUUAAAGAAAAGAUGAACAAAAAUUCUUAUGAAAUCAAUGCUGAUAAAUCUUCACAAGACUUCAUAAAUUUGGAGCGUGACCAACUUUUAGAAAAUAUUCAUCGUUUGGAACACAAAGUUGCUUUCUAUCGUCAACAGGAUGUUAAAUUCCAAGAGCUUCGAGAUUUCUGGGAGAAAGAGCGUGAUCAUAUGCGAGCUCAGUUUGAACAGAUUAAACUCCAACGAGACAAAUUUAAAGAGAAAGGACAUAAACUGUCAGCAAAAAUAAUACAGCUCAAAGAAAAAAUGUUUUUUCUUCAAAAAACCACUGAUGAGAAUAAUCAAAUGCAUUUAAUUGAAAAUAAUAAACUUCAAGAUGAAAUCACAAUUUUAAAAGAGAGGCUUGCUUCUGCUCCUCUUGAGGUUGCUGGAGACGGACUAAAGUUGCUAAAUGCAGGUUGGACGAUUGCCAAGGUUCAACGUUUGUAUUUGAAGUACUUUCGAGCCGAAAGUUUUCGAAAAGCUUUGUCCUACCAAAAAACUUAUUUGUUACUUUUGUUGAGUGAAUAUGGAAACAGUAAUCAAUCUUUGGUCCGUAAAAUGGUUCGAGAAAACAGUUCGACUCCAUACAAGAAGUUUAAAGUUACAGCUCUUGUCAUUGUUUCUAUAGCACGUAUGAAGUUUCUCAAACGCAAGUACCAGCGUAGUCUUUACAAGUCUUCUGCGGAUUACCCAUACAAGGAUGUAAGAGAAAAAAAACACGAUCAUAAAGAUAACAAUCAGAGUAAAUUAUUAUUAGAUAAAAAAUUUAAACCCGAAAAAGUAAGCCAUUCAGGCACUAUAUCAUCACCCAGCUACACUCGAACUAAUCCCGUAACAAUCGAUUCAGAUAAACAGUAUUUUAAUAAAACAAGCUCUGAUGAAAAAAUGAUUACCAGCCAGAGUUUAAAUUAUAAAUCUGACAGUCAUGAUCACACUUUGAGCAAAUAUAGUGUAACCAGACUUGAGGAAAGGCCUAAACAAAGUACAACCGAUGACUUAGAAUCAUCUAUUGAAAAUAACAAUUUAUUAAAAUCCCCUUCUAAUAUAAGUAAUACAAGUCCCUGUUCAGAUAGUAAUGCUUCAAAUACGCCUAGGUUUGUUGAAGUAAGCGUAAAUAGCAUUAAAAGCAGCAUUUUGAAUCAAAGUCGAACUUCUUCUGGGUUAAAGCAUUACAGUGAUGCGCCUAGAUCAUAUCCAAGGCCUUCCCCUACGCAAUCUGAUUUCGUUUUCAGACAUGCCUCUCCUCCUGUUCGAGACGUAGAUGAUGGAAAUGAUGGAAAAAAUAUUUAUUCGCCACAAACAAUUUCGAUUAAUAAAGAAUUCGCUGAUGUAUACACUCGUGGUAAUCGAGAUUCAAGUACUUCGCUUAACCAUUAUAUACAAAAGCUAGAGUCUCUUCAAGUUCGUCUUAAAGAACAACAUACUCAAUUUGAUAAAAGUAAACGUUCGCUAAACUUAUAGAAGUAUUUUUUUACAAUGUUUUUGCCAAAAAGUCUGGGAACAUCGCUUUGAUGAUGCAUGGUUUUAGAAAUAUUUAUUUUAUGGGUGCUCUCUUUCUAUUUUAGAAAGUGCUUUUUUAACAUUUUAAACAAAAUAAAAAAAUAUAAUUAAAA